AAUAUUCUUUUCACUCGAUCCAAAAUCAUUUACAACCAUUUCAAUGUUUAAUUAAACAAAAAAAAAACUUCAUUCUUACCAAUUCGAAUGUCAUUUUUUUCAUCAUGUCCAAUGGUGUAAAUGGUACUCGAUCAUUUUCAAUGAUCAACAAUCAAAUAGAUGAUUCUUCAUUCAAAACGUUGAAAAUAUUCGAUUUAAAAUUACGAACAAAAUGCAUUUACAUAGGCAAAACAAAAAAUGACAUUUCAUUUGUUGAAAUUCGGCCUGAUCGUAUUGUGUUUAACAAUCUAAUUUCUCAAAAUAAGUCAACAAAAUACAAUAUUACAUUGCCGUACGUGGAAAUGACAGUCAUACGUUAUUGUUUCUGUUCGAAUGUUUCAGCCAUAUUUAUCCAACCAAUUUAUGAGUCGUUUCUAAAAUUAUCUGAUUGGAUUAAAAAUACUGGAGCAAACCAUGAAACCCAUCAAAUUUUGAAAAGGUUAAUACCGGAAAAUUUUGUUAUGAUCAACCUCGAAGCUGUUAUUAAUCGUACACACCUGGAUGAAUUCUGUAAAGCUGCCAAGAAUUGCCAGCCGCGAUUACGGAUUAUCGAGAUUAAUAUUUCAUUAGCUUCUGCAUAUCUUAAUCAACCGAAUAAAUUAUUUCAAUUGAAUCAAAUUGUAUCAUCUACGUCUAGUGACGAUAGCUAUAAUCAUUUAAAACGAAAAAAAGAUGAUAAAACUGAAGAAGUUAUCGAUAUCGAUGAUGAAGAUGAAGAAAAACAUGGCGAUAAUCAGGAACAGGAAAAAUCUAAUGAAAAGAAUAAUAUAUUAGAUCAGGCAAUCCUAAAAUAUCCGAACGAUGAAGAUAUCAAACCAAUCAUCCUAUACGGCCACGAUCUAAAAUGUUUACGUGAAGGCCAAUACCUAAACGAUAACAUAAUGAAUUUUUAUCUCAAGUAUUAUCAAAUUAAUGGACAGAUUUCCCAGGAAAUAGUAGAUAAGAUGUACAUAUUCGAUGCUUUAUUCGCUACGCAUUUGCUGAAUGUGAAUACCCGGAAGCGUCAAUUCAAGUAUAUACAAAAUUCAAAAAUGGUUGUAUGCUCUAACCAUGAUAGCCUUGAAAAUUCUUACCAUAAGGUUUUAAAGAAAUGGACCAAAGAUAUCGAUAUAUUUUCGAAAGAUUUUCUUCUUAUUCCAUUAGUCAUCAAUGGUCAUUGGUUUUUAAUCAUCUUAUGCUAUAUUGGAAAUGUGAUUAGUAACGCAAAUAAUUCAACCAACUCGUCUUUGAUGAUGAUUACUCGACAGCAGAAUGAUGUGGCAGCAAAGCGACCAACAUUAAUUGUGAUGGAUUCUCUUGACUGUAAGAAUAAUCGUAGUCAAAUACUUUCCUGUAUAGUCCGUUAUUUGCGACUUGAACUCAAAGAGAAACAUUUGAUUGAAACUUCGAAAUUUGAAUUUAACUUCAAAAACAUCUCCGCCGUUGUACCACAACAACAAAAUUCAUAUGAUUGUGGCCUUUUUGUACUGGAAUAUAUCGAACGAUUUUUGAAGGACCCCGAAGAUAUCUACAAUAGACUAUUAAGAGAUAAAUCAGCUCUGGCUCCAAUAAAUCCAGUCCAGAUAUUAGAUGCCUUUACACCACUAUUGACAGAAAAUGGUGGCAUCAAACCGGUAGAGGAUCAAACACAAUUCCAGAAAAUUUACGAUGUAAUGAAAAGUUGUUCAACAAAAUUGGUUUCCAAAUGUAUUUACUAUCAAAUUCUUAUUUCAACAAGCCCGGAAGUGUUGGAACAAUUUCUUAAAAUUGGUGGAUGGGACCUUAUCUGUUUAUGGGUGAAAUCGUCACGCGAUAUUGGCAACGUUACAUUUUUGUUGGACCUAUUAAAAUUGUUACACAUAUUACCAAUGAAUAUUGAUCGUUUACGUGAGAAUGAGUGUCCAAAAAUUGUUAAAAAAUUGUGUAAACAUGAAAAUGAACAAAUAGCAUUGAAAGCUAAACAAAUUAUUAAAAAAUGGACUAAAAUUAUACAGACAUUGUCCACAACGACGACGACGAACUCUUCGUCAUCGUCAUCAGAUAAAAUCAAUAGUAAUUCGGGUAAAGAGAAAAAACGUAAAUCAUUUGAUAAUUCCUCCUCCUCCUCACCAUCAUCAUCAUCAUCGGAUUAUCUUAGUAUUAAAAAAAGUAAAUUAUCAAAUUCUACGGAUACAGAAACAGAGGUAAUAGCGAUGAAUAAAUUAGAUCGUUCAUCGAAUGAAGCAAUAACUGACGUAUAUGAAACAUAUACGGCAGACGAAAUGAAUAAACUUAUGUUAGAAAAACCAUCGGCAUCAAGUGAAACGAUUAUAACUGCAAAACGUCCUGUUACGGCUAAAGUUAAACCGGGCAAAUUUCGUCUCGAUCUUUCUGUGCCGUCGACAAUCAAGAAUGAUAAAACCAAAAAAUUGAAAAGUAAUCAAAAAACUGAUCAAAGCAAUAAUGAUCAAUCGAUAAAAAAAUUGCUUUCCAAAGAUAAAUCUUUCAAGGUUACUUCACCUACUCCUGCUAACCGUAUUAUUUUAAAGGAUUCGAAGAGCUUUAUGGAUGCCCUAUCGAUGAUGCCCAUAACCAAUGUUGUCAAAAAAAGACGUAAAACAACGAUGAAAUUACCUACAACAACACCGACGUCAACUUCAGCUUUGGCUUUGAAUGCAAAUAAUAUUAGUACUGAUAAUAUGAAACGAGAUUCAUUUGCAUUAAAUGAUAAAUCAAAUAGUAAUACUUCAGAAAUUGCUAUAAAUAAUAUUUCAUCAUCAGAAAAUUGUCAGGAUAAUGAAUCUAAUAAGAUUAAAAAUGAGAUCAGUCCAACACUGACUAUAACUAAUGAUUCUGAUCUUAGAAAUCAUUCUGAUUCAGGAUCAAAUGAUAAUAUCAGCAACAACAAUGAUGAUACUAUAAAUGAUGGUAAUCUUUCUGUAAAAUCUACAACAAAAUCUGUCGCUCCCAGAUUUUCAUUCUAUAAAGAUAUCCUUGAUGAAAAAUGUGAUGGUCAUGAUGAUAAUGUUGAGAAUGAUGCUUCUUCGAAAUUGAAUAGUAAUAAUAAUACAAUUUUAAAUGAUGAUUCCGCUAAUAAAAAUAGCGAUGCUAGCGACGUUACUGCCAAUAAUAGUAAAAAUAUUGUAGUUAAUGUCCAUUCAGAAGAUGAAAAAUCAAUUUCAAAUAGGCAAAAUGAUGUUGGUGAUAAUGUUGAUAAUGAUGAUGAUAAAAAGUUGGAUUUCAAAUCAAAUGCAACAAGUGUUACAUGUUCGGUUAAUUCUUCCAAACCGAAACCAAUAUUAUGCUAUAUACGCAAAAAUUCCAAAAAACGUGUUAGGUGGCCUGAUGAUGAUACUGAUUUGGAGAAGGUCAGAUAUUUUGAACUUGACGAAACGGAACGAAUCAAUGUGACCAGACCGUCGGCCGAUAUGAAACGAUUUGAUAUGAAACAUGAAGCCCAAAUGAUGAGUGAUGCUAAAAAGAGUCGAUGCUUUAGCUAUGCACCAUGGCAUCUAAUACCGAUAGAUAUAGAUCCAUCUAAUAUUCUUGUCGAACGUGGGAAAGAUUCUCGUGAACGUAUUAUACAAAUGGAACGGAUGCAAACAACUUUAGAAUGUUUUUACUUUCAUAAUCAAUUGCCGGAUAGUGCCGAUGAACCGGAUCAUAAUGCUUAUGAGCUUAUGUCCGAUUUAUCUAGUCAAGAUAUUAAAACAAAAAUUAUACCGUUAGAGGAUGAGAAUGCAAACACAAUGGAUAGGGCAGUUAUUCAGGACUAUUCUUCAACAAUGGAUCAACCACAACAGCUUCCACCUCCAAUAAUUGAUCCUAUUGCAUAUAAUAAUAAUAUGCCAUUUAAUGUGGGUGGUGGCCCAAUAAUGGAUAAUGGUGAAAAUUAUAUUCAAAGUUCUGGUGAACAAAGCUAUUUGCCACCACCAUCUCAAACAUUGCCUUUCAAUCACCAACAGUCAAUGGGUUCACAACAAUCUAAUUAUAAUACCGGAACUCUUCCAUAUCAAACCAAUCUUCCAACAAACAAUUACAAUGAUAACAAUAUGGGGCUACCGCCACCUAACCAUCAACCGUUUGAUCAUCCACCACCGUCUACGAAUAAUAAUUUCAAUAACGAUUAUAAUUCUUAUCGACAACCACCAGUUUUCAAUCCUGCGCCGCCAUUUUCUGAUUUUUCGAACGUUCCCCCACCAUCUAAUAAUAAUAAUAAUUUUGGUGCUGGAGCGCCCCAAUUUUCCAAUAAUAAUCAAGGUUUUGGUCCUCCGCCAUUAUCACAACCCAUUCAAUCGAAUGAUAAUUACUGGCCCGAGCCGAAUUUCGGAAAUAAUACUAAUCCAAACAAUAAUCAUCUCAAUCCUAAUUAUCCGCCUGGUGGACCACCACAACCAAGUCUACCGCCUCCACCAUAUCAUCAAGGUCCACCUGGCCCAAGAAUGUUUCGCCCAAGAGGUUCAGGUGGUGGUCCACGAGGUCCACGAUUCUUUGGUGGACCUCGUGGAGGUGGACCAGGCGAUAUGUGCAGAUUUUUCUUUAAAACGGGAAAAUGUAAAUUUGAAAAUCGUUGCAACUAUUCGCAUGUGAUGGAUCAGCAAAAGCCUCCUAUUCGUUUCUAAAAUUCAUUUGCAAUUCAAUUGUACAUUCUUUCAUUCAAUUUGUAAUUGCACACACAAAUUCAUACUCGUCAAAUGCUCAUAAAAAUUCUAACUUUGUACAUUUAUCAAAUUACAUCUAGUUUAUUUUUUUUUCGAAAUUCUUUCU